AUGUCCACUACCGCAACACAAUCUUUCUCUGCGCCCACGGAGACCGUCACCUUUGAUGGUAUUCUCUCUGACUUUGAUGGAACAAUUGUCGACUCGACUAAUGCCAUUGUCAAGCACUGGCACAAGAUUGGUGCCGAGCUAGGUGUCGACCCGGAGGUGAUCCUGGCCACCUCUCACGGCCGCCGAAGCAUCGACACAAUGGCCCUCUAUGACAAGAACAAGGCCAAUUGGGAGUACGUCAACUACAUCGAAGGCCGCAUCCCGAAAGAAUACGGCUCGGACGCGAAAGAAAUCCCCGGCGGCCGCGACAUGCUCAGCGCCCUCGAGACCUCCGGCGCAAAAUGGGGCGUUGUCACAUCCGGCACCCGCGCCCUAAUCGAUGGCUGGCUCGAAGUCCUCGGCCUCACACACCCCGACAAGCUCGUCGUCGCCGAAGAUGUCGAGCUCGGCAAGCCUGAUCCCCGCUGCUACCUACUCGGCGCGAAGCGCAUUGGGCUCGAAGACUCGAAGUCGAUCGUUGUGCUGGAGGACGCACCCUCGGGAAUCAAGGCAGGCAAGGCUGCGGGAUACAAGGUGCUUGCGCUCGCGACGACGCAUGCGCUCGAGAAGUUGCGCGAAGCUGGCGCUGAUUGGAUUGUGGAGGAUUUGCGCAGUGUCUCGGUGAAGGGGGUUGUGGAUGGGAAGGUUCAGAUUGAGAUUUGCAAUGCGUUGCAAUAG